CAGCUGCAGCUAGCUACUCUGAAACGCUCCUUGGAACAAACUUCAUUCUGUAAGUCUAUAAUAUGUUUCUUGAAGUGCUCCAGAGCCAAAAAACUCACAGUAAACUGAAAGAAGAAGAAAUGACAGAGUCAGCGUCAAAAAGUACAACAGCUGAGAAGGUUGUUUAAAUGAAGACAGACUUCAGUUCGGGGAAAAAAAAAUCACAUAGUACCAAGAAGAGAAGAAACCAGUCAAAGUGCUGGAUGCUGUUCUCAAGCCUGAAGUUUGCUGAUACGGAGCAGACAUGCAGCGGCUGUUAGUGAGUAAAGAAAACAUUCUUUCUGACCAGCAGGAAGGGAAUCAGUGUCUGGACCAAAAGGACUCAGAGCCUCCUAACAUGAAAGAGGAGCAGGAGGAACUCUGGAGUGAAGAUGAAGAAAAACCACAGUCAUCACAGCUUCAAAGCCCAAGAUAUGAACUCACAGAAGUGGAGCUUCUUUCCAGCAGCUUGGCUGAACAUAAAAUACUGAAAACAGAAGCUAAAGGAGAAGACUGUGUAGGAUCACAGCCUGCUGGUGACUCAGAUUUACAACAAUAUACUGAUGACAUGAGCAGGUUGUUGCUGAUUAAAGAAGAAAUUUGUCCUAAAACAAACAGGAGUGGAAUUUUAAGUGUUGACCAGGAGGACAUUAAAGAGGAACAAGAGAAACUCUGGAUCAGUCAGCAGGGAGAGCAGCUUCACCAGCUGGAGGACGCUGAUAUCACCAAGUUACCUUUUAGUGUUGUCCCUGUGAAAACAGAAAAUGAAAAAAAUCCACUGACAUCACACGGUCAGCAAAGUUUGGAUUCUACCUGCCCAAAGAACAGUGACACCUUUGUCAACAGUAACAGAUGUGAUAUUGCAAAGAAACAAUUGAAAUGCUCUGUAUGUGGAAAAACAUUUGGACAGGUGAACUAUUCAAAGCAAUGCAAGGAGAUUUUAGGAAGUAAGAAACAUUUAAUCUGUCCUCAGUGUGAUGAAAAGGUGAGACAAACAGGCAUUCUGAACACACAUACGAGAAGUCACACAGGAAAGAAAAUAUUUGGCUGCUGUGAAUGUGGUAAAAAAUUUGUACAAAAAAGGAGCUUGGACAUACACAUGAGAAUUCAUACAGGUGAGAAACCAUUUGGCUGUUCUGAGUGUGGUGAAAGAUUUGUACAAAAAAGGAGUCUGAGCAGACACAUGAGAAGUCAUACAGGUGAGAAUCCAUUUGGCUGUUCUGAGUGUGGUAAAAAAUUUCUAGACAAAAGCUAUCUGAACACUCACAUGACAAUUCAUACAGGUGAGAAAGCAUUUAAAUGUUCUGAGUGCGGUAAAAGAUUUAGAGAAAAACACACUUUGAAUAGACAUAUGGGAAUUCACACAGGAAAGAAAUUAUUUGGCUGUUCUGGGUGUAGUAAAAUGUUUAGACAAAAAUGUGAUCUGAUAAAACAUCUGAGAAUUCACACAGGGGAGAAACCAUUUGGCUGUGUUGAGUGUGGUAAAACAUUUAGACAAAAAUGCAAUCUGAAAACACACAUGAUAAUUCACACAGGAGACAAGCCAUUUGGCUGUUCUAAGUGUGGUGAAAGAUUUGUACGAAAAGGUAGCCUUAGCACACACAUGAGAGGUCAUACAGGUGAGAAACCAUUUGACUGUCCUGUGUGUGAUAAAAAAUUUCGAGGCAAAAACCAUCUAAACUCGCACAUCAGAAGACAUACAGAUGGGAAAGCAUUUGUCUGUUCUGAGUGUGGUAAAAGGUUUAGAGAAAAAAACAAUUUGAACAGACACAUGGGAAUUCAUACAGGAAAGAAAUUAUUUGGCUGUUCUGGGUGUAGUAAAAUGUUUAGGCAAAAAAAUGAUCUGAUAAAACAUCUGAGAAUUCACACAAGAAACCAUUUGUCUGUUUUGAGUGUGCCUAAAGCUGUUAAAAAUCUGACCAAACGAUCUGACACCUGCAACAAAGCUAGCAAUACAGGGCAGGGGAAAAUGCAGCAAAACGGAACAGAAAUGUAAGCCCGUUUCACACCGAGCUUGCAUAAAGUUGCGUUGUGACGCAUGUGAAGUACGCUGUAAAACUGUGCAGACUUGGCAUAGUCCCUGUGUAGGCUGAUGUGUGAUGGCGUAUGGUUGCGUUCCUAAUCUUGCUUACAGUUGCAUAUGUUUACUUUCUGUAUGCUUUUACUACCACAUAUGAAGCCCUCGCUAUUUUUUUGCCUUUCAGUCCACUCCUGCCUCCUUUUUUUAUUUUGCAUUGUAGAAAUGCGCUCUGUUCUGUGAAUGGUAAAAAGCAAACGUACUCGUAUUUUUGUUUCCAGAUGGGCUGGGAACAUCAGAUCAGA